AUGAAACAAAAAUUAUGAUUUCUAGCUAAUUUAAUUAUUAGAGCGUGGAAUUAGGGAGGAGACGAUUCCCUCUCAUUCCUGGAUUUCUGGUUGAUUGGGACAUCAUCUCUUUCUUCCCUAUAUCCGCGUAAUUCACAAUUUUUUUUUUUCUUUCGAAAUCCAUUCCUCAUUUUUUUUAUUUCUGGAAGGAUUUCGUUUCUUCUUCACGGUUUGAGCUUGGAUCAUGGGGACUCCUGAAUUCCCAGAUCUAGGCAAGCAUUGUUCUGUUUCUGAUUGCAGACUCAUCGAUUUUUUGCCCUUCACUUGUGAUCGUUGCAAUCAGGUAUAUUGUUUGGGGCACCGAAGUUAUAUUGAGCAUAAUUGUACAAAACCCAACAAACAAGAUGUCACCGUUGUUAUAUGUCCACUUUGUGCUAAAGGGGUUCGCCUAAUUCCAGACCAAGAUCCAAACAUAGUUUGGGAGCAUCAUGUCAACACAGACUGUGAUCCAUCAAAUUAUGAAAAAGCCACAAAGAAGAAAAAGUGUCCUGUCCCAGGAUGCAGAGAGACCUUAGUAUUCUCAAACACAAUCAAGUGUAGGGACUGUGAGGUUGACCAUUGUUUGAAGCACAGGUUUGGACCUGAUCACAAAUGUCCUGGACCCAAAAAGUUGGAAACAAGUUUUUCAUUUAUGAGUCUUUGGAAUAUGAGUAGUGGUAAAGAAGUGUCAAAACCCAAUUUAUCUUCAACCACAUCAUCUAAGUGGACUUCAAGCCUUCUUGACAUGGCUUCUAAAUUGAGUGGAAUAGGACAGAGCAGUGGCAGCGGUACUAGUAAUAAUCAACUGGAGAAGUGUCCACUAUGUGAUGCUAAGUUUUCCUCAGCCGCUAGUUUGGUGGAUCAUGCAAAAAAAGUUCACCAAAGGAGUGGUGGCAACCAAUAUGGGGCAAAGAAGGUGUCAAUUUCUGCAUGCCCCAAGUGCAGUAAAGGUUUUUUGGACCCAGUUUCCCUUGUAGAGCAUGUUGAGAGGGAUCAUGGUGGUUGCUCUUGAAUAUUGUUGUGGAGUUAAAAGAGAAUGAAUAGCACUUUCUUGAUGCAUUAUCAAGUUGUAAACAUUUUUUUGCCUUAUUUGAUAGCAAAAUAUUUUGUGAAUAACAUUUUGAUGAUGGUAUAGAUUUAUUUUGAUCAUGGGUCUGCAAGAAUCUCCUAUUUUUUCGUUA